AUGCGCAAAGCUAGUCGUAAUCUCAACCGUUCGAAUCGCAACCGUUCGACCAAACGUGACCCUCCCCUCGCCCUCGCUUUCCUUUCCCACGCUUCCGCUCUCUUUCGCCCGCGUCGUCGCCCUCGCUUCCGCAGCUCGUCGCGUGCCCGUCGCCUUCGCUCCGCCCGUCGCCUUCACUUCCCCCCCGUCGCCUUCAAAGCUCCCCCUCCCCCCCCCCGCUUCCGUUGCCUUCAUUUCCCCCUCCCGUCGCCUUCACUCCCCCUCUCGUCGCCUUCACUUCCCCUCCCGUCGCCCUCACUUCCCUCCCGUCGCCUUCAUUUCCCCUCCCGUCGCCCUCACUUCCCCCCCGUCGCCUUCACUUCCCCUCCCGUCGCCUUCAUUUCCCCUCCCGUCACCUUCAUUUCCCCCUCCCGUCGCCUUCACUUCCCCUCCCGUCGCCUUCACUUCCCCUCCCGUCGCCUUCACUUCCCCCUCCCGUCGCCUUCACUUCCCCCUCCCGUCGCCUUCACUUCCCCCUCCCGUCGUCUUCACUUCUCCCCCGAUGCCUUCGAUUCCCCCUCCCGUCGCCUUCCACGCCUGCCGCACUCGCUUUCCCGCCCGUCACAUUCGCUUCCCCACCCGUCACCUUCACUUCCCCUCCCAUUGCCUUUCACUCUCUCCUGCUCCCUCUCUUUCCCCCUCUGCUCACUCGCUUUCCCCCUGCUCACUGCUCACUCGCUUUCCCACUGCUCACUCGCUUUCCCCCUGCUCACUCGCUUUCCCCCUGCUCACUCGCUUCCCCCUGCUCACUCGCUUUCCCCCUGCUCUCUCGCUUUCCCCCUGCUCACUCGCUUUCCCCCUGCUCACUCGCUUUCCCCCUGCUCAAUCUCUUUCCCCUGCUCAUUCUCUUUCCCUCUGCUCACUCCCCUUGUUCUAACCCCACUCUCCCCAUUUCUCACCCAUUUUCCCCCUUCACGCUCGCUCUUACCCCCUCUGCUCGCCCCUGUUUUCCCGGCUCACUCCUACACUCACUCUCUCCUCCCCCCCUGCUCACUCUCUUUCCCCCUUCUCACUCUCUUUCCCCCUUCACGCUCUCUUUCCCUCCCUUCCGCCCGUUGCCCCCCUUCGUCUCAUCGCCCUCCCUGCUGCUGCUCGUCCCCUCGCAAUCCCCGUCUCUCUCUCCCCCCGUCGCCCUCCCUUCCACUCGUCGUUGCCCGCGCCAUCCCGCCCUGCGCCCUUCCCAUCGCGAACACUUGUCACGCCCCCUUCCAACCCGCACAUACACCCUUCCCUUCUUCCCUGUUUCCCCGUAUCCCCUGCGCUGCUUUCCCCCCCAGCCUCCGACUUGCUCCCCCACCCCUUCCCCCCCCCUCCCCUCCCCUCCCCUUCCCUGCUCCCCCUCAUCCCCUCCUGCUUCCCCCCAUCUCCUUCCCUGCUUCCCCCCCCAUCCCCUUCCCUCCUUCCGGCCGUGCCCUCCCCUGCCUCCCUCCCCCCCCAUCCCUUCCCUGCUUCCCCCCCUUCCCUUCCCUGCUUCCCCCCGUCCCCUUCCCUCCUUCCCCCCGUCCCGUCCCCCUACCUCCCCCCAUCCCUUCCUGCUUCCCCCCCCACCCCCUUCCCUGCUCCCCCCCCAUCCCCUUCCCUGCUUUCCCCCCCCUUCCCCUACCCUGCUUUCCCCCUCCCCUUCCCUCCUUCCCCCGUCCCCCUCCCCCCUCCCACCAUCCCCCACCCCUUCCUCCCCCCAUCCCCUUCCCUCCCCCCCCCCCAUCCCCUUCCGGCUUCCCCCCCCCCAUCCCCUUUCCUGCUUCCCCCCAUCCCCUUCCCUGCUUCCCCCCAUCCCCUUCCCUGCUUCCCCCCAUCCCCUUCCCUGCUUCCCCCCAUCCCCUUCCCUGCUUCCCCCCAUCCCCUUCCCUGCUUCCCCCCAUCCCCUUCCCUGCUUCCCCCCAUCCCCUUCCCUGCUUCCCCCCAUCCCCUUCCCUCUUCCCUGCUUCCCCCCAUCCCCUUCCCUGCUUCCCCCCAUCCCCUUCCCUGCUUCCCCCCAUCCCCUUCCCUGCUCACCCUUGCUCCCUCUGUUUCACCCUUGCUCCCUCCCCUUCUUCUCUUCUCACUCUCUUCCCCCUUGCUCACUCUCUAUACUUCUGCUCACUCUCUUCCCCCCUGCUUGCUCUCUUCCCCUCUGUUCAAUCUGUCCCCCGCUGCUUCUUCUCUUCCCCUCUGCUCAUUCCGUUUACUGUCUUCCCCCCUUCACUCACCCCCAUACCCCCCAAUGCAGUUACAGGUGCCCAGCACCAGAUGUGGCUUUACCACGGCCUGAUACUGUAA